AUGGCAACCACAACAACAACCAUCUCAUCAUUGUUCUCUACGAAAGCAAUUUUCCUUCGCAAAUCUAAGCAAACCCUUUUCUCUUCCGUCCGUCCUCCACCUAACCUAACACUCGGAACUUUCCAAACCCGAUCCAUGACCCAAAAACUAGCCGCGGGUCUUCUUGGGGCAGGUUUGGCCUUGACAGCAGUGGGACCAGCAUCAGCUGCCGAGUUGCCCUUGCUCGGUCAACUCAGUGAACCGGCCAAUGCACUGUCUUUGCCCACCUGGGCUAUACACGUUUCCAGCGUAGUUGAGUGGGUUACAGCAAUGGCACUGGUUUGGCAAUAUGGGGAGAAAUCAGGUUUUGAAUCUUGGAAGGGACUUGCUUGGGGUAUGGUUCCUUUACUUGGUGGAGCAUUUUGUGCAUGCACGUGGCAUUUCUUCUACAAUUCUGAGUCCCUUGAGGUAAGAAUGGUUGCAUUGCUUCAUGGACAAAUUCAUGUCUGUUCAUACAGCCAAACUUACUGUAAACUGGCUCAAGUUCAAUCAAUGCUGGGUGAAUCGGAGAAUGCACUGCUUUUUGUCACCACAGAUCAUUACAUGGUAUUAGUAGUUCUCCAAGCUGCACUGACAGUAAUAGGUAAUGCUACAAUGUGCAUUGCUGCCUUCCGUAUAUACAUGUCAUUGGAGGAUCGCCCUGAUAAUCUCUGA